AUGACAGAGAUCGUGGCAUUGUUAUUAAGAGAAGGCGCAAAUAUCAACACUCAAGGAGGAAUGUUGGGGACUGCCCUUCAGGCAGCUGCAACAAGGGGCGAUGAAACCAUGGUGGCAUGGCUAUUAAGAGAAGGCGCAAAUGUCAAUGCUCGAGGAGGACAUCACGGCACUGCGCUCCAGGCAGCUGCAGCACAUGAUUCAGAGACAAUUGUGGCAAUGCUAUUAGCGGAAGGCGCGAAUGUCAAUGCUCGAGGAGGUUUUUGGGGGACUGCGCUUCAGGCAGCUGCAGGACAGGGCCAUGAAGCCGUGGUUGAAUUGCUGCUUCGGAACGGUGCCGACGUCAACUUA